AUGGAUAUUCUCAAAACCUCAUGGAGCUUCAAAGACGGUCGAAAGGUCGACCCCAACCAACCGCCCAUCAAGAUCGCCUUCCUUGGCACCAGGCAUCCCCAUGUGAUGUACCGGUUCGCUGUACUCGACAAGAUGGGCGGGUUCGAGUUCGCUGGGUUCUACGAAGAGGUUGACGAGAUCGCGACCAAACUGGCCGAGAGACUGCCUCGUCUGCCGCGCUUCGACUCGCCGAAAGCGCUGCUCGACACGAACCCGGACGUGGUGAUGAUCCAUGCCUUAGAUCCAGAUGUGCCGCGAUGGGCCCGGUUUGCUAUUGACCAUCCGGCGCCCUUCAAGGGGCUGUUCCUGGAGAAGCCUGGGGCGGCCAUCCCAGAAGACUUUUAUAAACUCGCUGAGGAGAUCCAGACGAAGAGGCCAGAUCUGGCGGUCGAACUAGGGUAUGAGAUGCACUAUUCAGAGGCACUGGACUUUGCCCGCCAGGUUAUUCGCGAAGGCGUGUUAGGCGACAUCACAACCGCCCGGUUCCACGGCGGCUGUCCGUGCGGCGCGGGGAUGGACCUGUGGCAGUCGAUCCCCGAAGACCUGGGCGGUAUCAUGCAGACAGAAGGCUGUCACACGCUUGAGAACGUGAUCGACUUGUUUGGGCCGCCAGAGCGCGUUGUCUCGUCGAUUCGCAAACUGCCACCGCGGCCGCCACACAAGGUGGUGGGCUGGAUUCCGGAUCUGUUCACGGGGACCGUCACGACGGGCGAGUUUGGCGUGGGGACAUUGUUAUAUGAGGAUGUCUGCUCCGGGAUUAUGGAAUAUCCCGACAAGACGAUCGUGCUGGACAUGACGGCGUGGGAGCCGACGGAGUGGUGCAACGAAUGGGCGAUCGACAUCUACGGGACAAACGGGUCUCUGCACGCGGUGCCAGACUAUCCUGUCGCGACGCUGUAUCUGCGCGAGGCAAGGGGAAGUUUUGCUGCUGGCGAGACGAAGAUGCCGACAGAGUUGCCGUACGGGACGUCGAAUGCACCGGCCUGCUACCGGAAGCAGUUCGAGUCGCUGUUCGCUCGAGUACGGGGUGCAAAGACUCUUGAGCACGGCUGUUGCGAUCUGCAGACCAAUGUCAAGAUCCUGAAAGUGAUUGAUGCGUUCUAUAAGUCGGCUGCGUCGAGACAAUACCAGAUGAUGAACUUCGAUAGAAUGCUAGUCCGGUUAAUCGAAGCGAACUCAUCCACGCUAUGCAGGUCUGUUAGCACGUAUAUCAGCUGUCAGACGGCAGUAAUUUUGCUUUAA